CAGCAGUGAGAUGCGAUGCUUACAGAAAGCAGAGCACAGCCCCUUCUCCACAGGUACCCCAUCAGACACACGUUUCCCUCGAGGGAAGACGCAGCAUCCCUCAACCUCUCGCUCUCGCGCCGCACGUGGCACGAACGUGAAACAGAAACCACGGUCCGGCCGGGAGGAGGCGGGCCCGGGCCGCCCCGAACCACGCGGCGGACAGCUCCGCCCCACCUCGCUCCGCCGUGGCCGCACCGCACCGUGCCGCUCGCAGUCGCCUCUCCGCGCCCCGAGAUGCCGCUCUUCAGCGUGCCCAAGGAGGUGGCCGUCGGCACGGCCAUGCUGGGGGUCGCCUUCGCCACGGGGCUGCUGGCAGGUAAAAGAUAUCCAUCCCUAUUGUUUGGGACAUCCAAGCCGCACAAGAGUAUUAUUGGGAAAAGCAGCCCUCUGUGGCAAUACAUACUGGAUCAUUCCUUGAGGGAACAUCCCAUUCUCAAGAAGCUGCGCCUGCUCACUGCAGAAUAUCCCUGGGGCAAAAUGAUGGUGUCCUGUGACCAGGCUCAGCUUAUGGCAAAUUUAAUCAAACUCAUUAAAGCCAAGAAAGUUAUUGAAGUGGGAGUUCUCACAGGAUAUAAUGCCUUGAGUAUGGCACUUGCCCUGCCAGACAAUGGCAGAGUUAUCGCUUGUGACAUAAAUGAAGAUUAUGCCAAAAUUGGAAAGCCACUGUGGAAAGAAGCAGGAGUAGAUCAUAAAAUUGACCUACGGAUUAAGCCAGCUACUCAAACACUUGAUGAACUGUUGGCUGGUGGAGAAGCAGAAACCUUUGACUUUGCUUUCAUUGAUGCGGAUAAAGAAAGCUACAAUGAGUACUAUGAAAAAUGUUUGCGCCUCAUAAAGAAAGGGGGAAUAAUAGCUAUUGAUAAUGUUCUUCGGUGUGGAAUGGUGCUAAAACCAAGAAAGGAUGACUUGGCAACACAGAGCAUCCACCACCUCAAUGAGAAGCUUGUCAGAGAUGCACGAGUCAACAUCAGCAUGAUCCCAAUGGGGGAUGGAGUGACCUUAGUGUUCAAGUUGUAAAUGAAGGAGGCCCAGCACAUGGGAAACCGCAAGCAUCAGAUCACCAGGAAAAAUGUAGAAAGAACGCUGUCAAAAAUGAUUAUUUAACCCAUACAUCCACAGGAUAGCACAGCCUGGGAAAGUAGACUUCAGAAUCAGUAAGACUCUAAGGGCAGCUAAGUCGAAUCAUAGAAUUGCUCAGGUUGGAAAAGACCUUAAAGAUCAUCAAGUCCAACUGCAACCUAACCAUACUACCCUAACUCUAACAACCCUCCUCUAAAUCAUGUCCCUGAGCACCACAUCCUUUUAAACACAUCCAGGGAUGGUGACUCAACCUCCUCCCUGGGGAGCCUAUUCCAGUGCUUAACCCUUUCUGUAAAGAAGUUUUUCCUGAUAAUCCUUCCAUAAUCUUCCCUUGAAGAGAGAGAUUUGCUUGGAGAUGUACUAUGGGUUCUUAUUUUAAUUAUAAUGAAGGAAGCAUAUUAGAAAAUUGCUUUUUUAAGACAGUGAUUGAAAAAAAAAAUAAAUGUGUGUAGAAUGACUGACUUCCAA